CCUUCCCUCCUUUAAAGCCCUUCCACCGUCCCCAAACAAUACCCUAUGGUCUCUCUCUCUCUCUAAACGCUCAAAACGCUGCUCGCUCUCCGUUUCUAACAAACACACAAACACAAGCUGAUUAAUUGUUUUCUUGUCCAUGGCUGAGGAACACCAAAAGCCAGGGUCAGAAGUGCCGCCAUCCACCGAGGAAGGGGUGGUGGACAAGCCCACCGCUGAGAAAGAGCCGCCAGCACCGGAACCUCUGGUCAAGGCACCGGAAAAUCCUGGUCCAGUUGAACAAGUGGUCGAGCCCGAGAACCCAAAGGCCGAGGACCCGAAAGUCGACGAGGUCGACGAAGUGAAGAUUACCCAAUCGGUCUCUUUCAAGGAAGAAACCUACGUUGUGGAAGAGCUACCUGGGUCGCAAAAGAAGGCACUUGAGGAGCUGAAGCAACUCGUCCAAGAGGCCCUUAACAAACACGAGCUCACUGCUCCACCGCCGCCUCCUCCGCCGGCCGCUAAAGAAGAAGAGAAGGAGGAGGCCGAGAAAGAGAAAGAGAAGGACAAGGAGACCGAUCCUUCUGCUGCUGCUGCUGAACACCCCAAAAUAGAAGAACCUCCCAAAGUGGAACUGGACGAGACCGUAGCACGGCCCCCUGUGGAAACGGAACAUGAAGAGCCUCCCAAGGUGGAGACCUACGAGACUGUAACAGCACCACCACCGGUGGAAAAGAAAGAAGAGGUAAUUUCUGAGUUGGUGGCUGCUGAAACUGUGACCGAGACAACUUCACCAGUAGAAGCCAAAGAAGAAGAGAAUGUUCCACCAGCACCACCCACCGAGGUCAUUGCCGAGGAGGUGGUGGAAAAAGUGACCGCCGCCGAUCAGGAUAAUACGACCAAGACUGUGCAGGAGGCAAUCAAAGAGACCAUAGUAGUCGAGGUGUCGGCUCCUCCGACAACAACUAAACCAGAGGAGCCAGCCACUGAGGCAAAGGAGGUUGCGGCGGAGCCAAAAGAAGAAGUCCCCACACCGCCUCCGCCUCCGCCUGAGGAGGUCUCCAUCUGGGAUAUUCCGCUGCUUCAGGACGAGAGAAGCGAUGUGAUCCUCUUGAAGUUCCUGAGAGCCAGGGAUUUCAAGGUCAAGGACGCCUUGGCCAUGAUCAAGAACACGGUCCGGUGGCGCAAGGAGUUCGGGAUCGAUGCCCUUCUCGAGGAAGACCACGGAAAUGAGUGGGACAAGGUGGCUUUCACCCAUGGGUAUGAUAAAGAAGGUCACCCUGUCUGCUACAACGUCUUCAGCGAGUUCCAGAACAAGGAGUUGUAUCUGAAUACCUUUGCCACUGAAGAGAAGCGCCAGAAGUUCCUGAAGUGGAGAAUUCAGUUCUUGGAGAAGAGCGUCAGGAAGCUUGAUUUCAGUCCUACUGGCAUCUCUUCCAUUGUUCAGGUCAACGAUUUCAAGAACUCCCUUGGAAUCGGAAAGAGGGAGCUCUGGCAGGCCAUCAAGCAGGCCGUUCAAUUGUUCCAGGAUAACUACCCUGAAUUCCUAGCCAAACAGGUGUUUAUCAACGUUCCAUGGUGGUACAUAGUCUAUAAUCGGAUGAUCAGUCCUUUCCUGACACAAAGGACCAAGAGCAAGUUUGUAUUUGCUGGCCCAUCAAAGGCUGCUGAAACCCUUUUCAAAUAUAUAUCGCCUGAACAAGUACCGGUUCAUUAUGGUGGGCUAAAGAGGGAGGAUGAAGAGGAAUUCAAUAUUGCGGACCCUGUUACAGAGGUUACAAUCAAACCGGCAUCCAAGCACACCAUUGAAUUUCCAAUCUCUGAGACUGGAUUGCUGCUGGUUUGGGAAGCAAGAGUGUUGGGUUGGGAUGUGAGCCACGGAGCUGAAUUUGUGCCAAUCGCCGAGGGGUACACUGUGAUUGUACAGAAGACAAGAAAGAUUGCCCCAGCUGAUGAAACAGUGAUCUCUAACAGCUUCAAAGUUGGUGAGCAGGGCAAGGUGGUGCUUACCUUUGAUAACCAAACCUCGAAGAAGAAGAAGCUCUUGUACAGAUCCAAGACCAAACCCUGCUCAGAUUAAGCUUUGAAUAUUAAGCGACUACUUUAGGGGGCCUGUGUGUGUAUAUUUCCAGUCAAUUGGGAGGCAUUUGAAUUGCAUUUUUUUUUUUUUUUUUUUCCCUUCUGUUGGCUGAAAGUUAACUUUGUUGGGAAGUGGGGGGGAUUUAUUUAUAUGUUCUAAUAAGUAAUGUUGGGAUAUUUUGUCAUUUGGUCUUGGUUUGUAAACAAUUACAGCUGAAAAAAAAACAGUAUGAGAUGCAUGGGGACACAUUUGAGGUACAUAUAUAUUUGGGCGGGGAAUGGGUGUGUGGACACAAAUUCUUGAUACUGAUCUUCUGCCUGUAAAGUUUGUGUAAAGUUGGUGUAUUUAUAUAUUUCUUGUCCUAUAUA